GGAAGUCAGUGUAGUGGCGACUUGACAAAACUUCAGCUUGUAAUAAUAAUAGCAAUAAUAAUAAAACUAGUGCGACAAGGCGACGUCAUGCACGGAAAACCGGAAGCAACCGUCUCUGACCCAGGAACGAGACGGGAGACGACAACACAGGGGCGAUUGACGAGAGAUUCGCGGCCGUAGCUGCCGCUUGCGCAAACGUCUGCUUGUCUAAAGUAGGCGAUUGGAAGCCAGAGCCAAGAUGAACUCUUGCGUCCUGAAUGGAUUUAAGGCUUCGCCAAGGGCUCGGGUGCUUUGCUAAAUGGAGUCGGAGCAGCUUUACCACAGAGGCUACAGGAACAGCAGGAACAGCUACAACAGCAUCGCCAGUGCCAGCAGCGACGAGGAGCUGCUCGAUGGAGCCGGCAUCGUCAUGGACUUCCACACUACAGAGGACGACAACCUGCUAGAUGGGGACGCCUCCUCUCCAGGGUCUAACUAUGCCAUGUCGAACGGGGGCGGCGCACCCAGCAGCUCUACCCACCUGCUGGACUUUUUAGAGGAGCCCAUUCCAGGCGUGGGAACCUACGAUGACUUCCACACCAUCGACUGGGUGCGCGAGAAGUGCAAGGACCGAGAGAGGCACCGUAAGAUCAACAGUAAGAAGAAGGAGUCUGCGUGGGAGUUCACCAAGAGUCUGUAUGACGCCUGGUCCGGAUGGCUGGUGGUUACGCUAACAGGCUUAGCCUCCGGCGCGCUGGCCGGCCUGAUAGACAUCGCCGCCGACUGGAUGAACGACCUAAAAGAGGGCGUGUGCCUGAGCGCCAUGUGGUUCAACCACGAGCAGUGCUGCUGGACGUCCAACGAGACCACCUUCGCCGAGAGGGACAAGUGUCCCCAGUGGAAGAGCUGGGCUGAGCUCAUCCUGGGCCAAGCCGAGGGUCCGGGCUCGUACAUCAUGAACUACUUCAUGUACAUCUACUGGGCCCUGUCUUUCGCCUUCCUUGCGGUGUGUCUCGUCAAGGUCUUUGCUCCGUAUGCCUGUGGAUCGGGGAUUCCGGAGAUUAAGACCAUCCUGAGCGGGUUUAUUAUCAGAGGCUACCUGGGCAAGUGGACCCUGAUGAUAAAGACCAUCACCUUGGUCCUAGCGGUGGCAUCGGGUCUGAGUCUGGGAAAGGAGGGCCCGCUAGUUCACGUGGCGUGCUGCUGUGGAAACAUCUUCUCUUAUCUCUUCCCCAAGUACAGCAAGAACGAGGCAAAGAAGCGAGAGGUCCUCUCCGCCGCAUCGGCAGCUGGCGUGUCGGUGGCGUUUGGAGCCCCGAUAGGUGGCGUUCUCUUCAGCCUGGAAGAGGUGAGCUACUACUUCCCUCUCAAGACACUGUGGCGCUCCUUUUUCGCCGCCCUGGUAGCCGCCUUUGUCCUUCGUUCCAUUAACCCGUUUGGGAACAGCCGUCUGGUGCUGUUCUACGUGGAGUACCACACACCCUGGUACCUGUUUGAGCUCAUCCCCUUCAUCCUUCUGGGAGUUUUCGGAGGCCUCUGGGGCGCUUUCUUUAUUCGGGCUAACAUUGCUUGGUGUCGGCGACGGAAGUCCACCCGCUUCGGCAAAUACCCGGUUUUGGAGGUGAUCCUUGUGGCGGCCAUCACAGCAGUCGUGGCGUUCCCUAACCCGUAUACCCGCCAGAACACCAGUGAGCUGAUCAAGGAGCUCUUUACCGACUGUGGCCCGCUAGAGUCCUCGCAGCUCUGCCAGUACCGCAGCCAGAUGAACGGCAGCAAGGCCUUCACGGACAACCCCAACCGCCCCGCUGGGCCCGGUGUCUACGCCGCCAUGUGGCAGCUCUGCCUGGCGCUCAUCUUUAAAAUCAUCAUGACCAUCUUCACAUUCGGCCUCAAGGUUCCGUCAGGUUUGUUCAUUCCCAGCAUGGCCAUCGGAGCCAUCGCCGGGCGAAUCGUCGGCAUCGCCGUGGAGCAACUGGCAUAUUACCACCACGACUGGUUCCUGUUCAAAGAGUGGUGUGAGGUGGGCGCAGACUGUAUUACGCCGGGACUGUACGCCAUGGUGGGGGCCGCUGCUUGCCUCGGCGGCGUCACCCGUAUGACCGUUUCCUUAGUGGUCAUUGUCUUCGAGCUGACCGGUGGACUGGAGUACAUCGUACCCCUGAUGGCCGCUGUCAUGACCAGCAAAUGGGUGGGCGACGCCUUUGGCCGAGAGGGGAUCUACGAGGCCCACAUCCGUCUCAACGGCUACCCCUUCCUGGACGCCAAGGAGGAAUUCACACACACCACGCUGGCCAGGGAGGUGAUGAGGCCGCGCCGCUGCGACCCGCCGCUGGCCGUGCUGACCCAAGACGACCUGACCGUCGAGGACCUCCAAGCCGUCAUCAACGAAACCAGUUACAAUGGUUUUCCCGUCAUCGUGUCCAAGGAGUCUCAGAGGCUCGUGGGUUUCGCUCUGCGUAGGGAUAUCACUAUCGCUAUAGAGAACGCCCGCCGCAAACAAGAGGGCAUCAUGUUGAACUCCAGGGUGUACUUCACCCAGCACGCCCCCACCCUGCCCGCGGACAGCCCCCGGCCCCUCAAGCUGCGCUCCAUCCUGGACAUGAGCCCCUUCACCGUCACCGACCACACCCCCAUGGAAAUUGUGGUGGACAUCUUCAGGAAGCUGGGGCUGCGCCAGUGCCUGGUCACUCACAACGGGAUUGUAUUGGGCAUCAUCACAAAGAAGAAUAUAUUAGAGCAUCUGGAGGAGCUCAAGCACAACACAGAGUCCCUGGCGUCUUCUGGGCAUCAUCACAAAAAAGGAUAUCCUGCGUCACAUGGCCCAAAUGGCAAAUCAAGAUCCCGAGUCCAUCAUGUUCAACUGAUCUGCUCCUUUCAGGACUGCUGGGAGGACCAGGACCAGGACCAGGAGGAAGGAGCGCGCCUCCUGGACAGCGCCCAUCUCUGACAUUCAGACCUCGUUUCCUUACAUUUCUCCUUCUGGACUCCAUCCGCUAAAGUCGAUCGAUGAUCAAUAGGAGAUUUGACACACGGAGGUCCGACUUAUCACUUGAUCUGAGUGAUCUAUGAAGGAGUUCCAGACGGCGUGCUCUGGUGCGCAGGUUUUUUUUUUUUUUUUUUGUAAACUAAUCCGUCCAUCGUCGUGAAGUGCCCACCCAAAAAAUGUGACUAUCGUGUGUGCAAUUGUCUUUCCACAACAGCUACUUUACCCGUUUGCCGUCACUUUCGCUCGACCGGCAGAAGGUCGGCCUAAUCGUAGCAUGUUUGCGUACCGCGCGGAGUUACCAGUUUUCUGGCGUAGCUUUCUGAAGCUGCUGUUCACAUUCCAAAAACACGCUAUGAUAACUGAAGACUCCAAAUUGCCCGUAGGUUUGAGUGUGAAAAUAAACGACUGAUAAACGGGGUGAGACAACGGGCACGGUUGGCUCUAAAGACACGAGUGGCUUUGCGCUCCUUACGUACCCCAAGAACCGAUUGAAGAUGUCGGCGCGCAAGGCCGUCCGUCCGUCCGUCUCUCCGUCCUGCUGAGGUCUGGCGUCGACCCGUCUCGGUUUCUUCGAUUUGCACAUCGUGAUCUUUGCUUUCUUUGAUUGUCUAUUUGAAACCAUUAAAUUUGGAUUUGAAUUUCACCAACACUCAUUUGAGUCAUAGAUCAUGAUUGCGUACUUUGUACUUUAAUGAUAAAAGAAGACUCACAUCAGGGAAGAAAAAAUAUUUAUUUCUGAGGAGGUUGAUGAAACAAAAACUUGGGAUCAGGAGCAACAGUGUAUGAGUCCCUUCAGGGAGAUUGACAGAAAUUUAAACCAUCUGGAUCUGCUCCAGAUUGUAUGUGG